AUGUCUAAAAGACCGGAACAUCAAGCACCACCUGAAGUGUUCUACAAUGAAGACGAAGCCCGAAAAUAUACACAAAACUCGCGUAUUAUGGACAUUCAGGCACAGAUGACAGAGAGAUGUUUAGAGUUACUCCUACUGCCUGAGGAUACCCCCUGUUUGCUUUUGGACAUAGGAUGUGGUUCAGGUUUAUCUGGUACAGUGCUGGAGGAAAGUGGACAUAUGUGGAUUGGCAUGGAUAUUUCACCGGCUAUGCUUGAUGUAGCUAAAGAAAGAGAAACAGAAGGUGACUUGGUACUCUCAGACAUGGGUGAAGGUGUACCUUUCAAAGCAGGAUGCUUUGAUGGAGCAGUCUCAGUGUCAGCCCUACAGUGGCUUUUCAAUGCUGAUAAGAAGUCACACAACCCUGUCAAAAGAUUACAUCAGUUUUUUAGUUCUCUAUAUGCUUGCCUGUCCAGGUCAGCCAGAGCAGUGUUCCAGUUUUACCCUGAGAAUGAAAGUCAAAUGGACCUUGUAACCUCACAAGCAAUGAAAGCUGGUUUCUAUGGAGGUGUAGUGGUAGAUUUUCCAAAUUCUGCCAAAGCAAAGAAGUUCUUUUUGGUUCUAAUGACUGGUGGAUCUGCUCCACUACCUCAAGCUCUAGGUACUGAUGAAACUGACAAUAAUCUUCAAGUUAAAUAUUCUAAGAGAGAAGCUACAAGAAAUAUCAGAGGCAAACCAGUCAAAAACACUAAAGCUUGGAUCAUGGAGAAAAAAGAAAGGAGGAGAAAACAAGGCAAAGAUACUAAACCUGAUACAAAAUAUACAGGCAGGAAAAGAAGUGGCCGCUUCUAG